GAGGAGCCGGGUGCGCGCUCGCGGGGACGCGGGGCGGCGGCGGCGCGGAGCGGGGCGAGCGGCCGGAGGCCAGGGCGCGAUGGCGCGGAGCCCGGGACGCCCGUGCGCCCUGCUGCUUCUCCUGAUCUGCUUUAACUUUGGAGAUGGACUUCACUUUGAGGCCUUAAACACAAGAAAUGAAAAUAAGUUACUUACUAAACGUACUCACCUAGUGCGGCAAAAGCGGGCCUGGAUCACCGCCCCGGUGGCUCUUCGGGAGGGAGAAGAUCUGUCCAAAAAGAAUCCAAUUGCCAAGAUACACUCUGAUAUUGCAGAAGAAAGAGGAAUAAAAGUUACAUACAGAUACACUGGAAAAGGGAUUACAGAGCCGCCUUUUGGUGUAUUUGUGUUUAAUAAAGACACCGGAGAAUUGAAUGUUACCAGCAUCCUUGAUCGAGAAGAAACACCAUUUUUUCUGUUAGUAGGUUAUGCUUUGGAUGAAAAAGGAAAAAACCUAGAGAAACCGCUAGAACUACGCGUUAGAGUUCUUGAUAUCAAUGACAAUGAGCCGGUGUUCACACAAGACGUCUUUGUUGGGUCUGUUGAAGAGCUGAGUGCAGCACAUACACUUGUGAUGAAAAUCAAUGCAACAGACGCCGAUGAGCCCAAUACUAUGAAUUCUAAGAUUUCCUAUAGAAUUGUGUCUCAGGAACCAGCUUAUCCUCCAGUGUUCUACCUAAAUAAAGAUACAGGAGAGAUAUACACAACCAGUAUUACCUUGGACAGAGAGGAACACGGCAGCUAUUCUUUGACAGUAGAAGCAAGAGAUGGCAAUGGACAAGUAACAGAUAAACCAGCAAAACAAGCUCAAGUUCAGAUUCGCAUUUUGGAUGUCAAUGACAACAUACCAGUAGUGGAAAGUAAAAUGCUGGAAGGGCUGGUUGAAGAAAAUCAAGUCAAUGUUGAAGUUAUGCGCAUAAAAGUGUUUGAUGCGGAUGAAGUCGGCUCUGAUAAUUGGUUAGCAAAUUUUACAUUUGCAUCUGGAAAUGAAGGGGGUUAUUUCCACAUAGAAACAGAUGCUCAAACUAAUGAAGGAAUUUUGACUCUUAUUAAGGAAGUAGAUUAUGAAGAAAUGAAGAAUCUUGACUUCAGUAUCAUUGUCACUAAUAAAGCAGCUUUUCACAAGUCAAUUAGGAAUAAAUACAAGCCUACAUCCAUUCCCAUCAAAGUGAAAGUGAAAAACGUGAAAGAAGGCAUUAAUUUUAAAAGCAGCACAAUCUCCGUCCAUGCUAGCGAGAGCACGGAUAGAUCAAGGCGAGGCCAAGUCAUUGGAAAAUUUCAAGCUUUUGAUGAAGACACCGGACAACUAGCCCACGUAAAAUAUGCAAAAUUGGAAGAUAUAGACAAUUGGGUCAGUGUGGAUCCAGUCACAUCUGAAAUUAAACUUGCAAAAAUUCCUGAUUUUGAAUCUAGAUAUGUCCAAAAUGGUACAUACACUGUAAAGAUUUUGGCUAUAUCAGAAGAUCAUCCAAGAAAAACCAUCACUGGCACUGUCAGGAUCAUGGUUGAAGACAUCAAUGACAAUUGUCCCACACUAGUGGACCCAGUGCAGAGUAUCUGUGAUGAUGUACCAUAUGUGAAUGUUACUGCGGAGGACCUGGAUGGGUACCCGAACAGUGGCCCUUUCAGUUUCUCUGUCGUUGACCAACCACCCGGAAUGGCAGAAAAAUGGAAAAUAGUACGCCAAGAAAGUACCAGUGUGCUGCUGCAACAAAGCGAGCAAAACCUUGGGCGAAAUGAAAUUCAGUUCCUGAUUUCGGAUAAUCAGGGCUUCAGUUGCCCUGAAAAGCAGAUCCUCACGCUCACGGUGUGUGAGUGUCUGCACGGCAGCGGCUGCGCAAAAGCGCUUCACAGCUCCUAUGUGGGCCUGGGACCCGCAGCAAUUGCACUCAUGAUUUUGGCCCUCCUGCUCUUGCUACUUGUACCAUUUCUACUGCUGAUGUGCCAUUGUGGAGACGGCGCCAAAGGCUUUACCCCCAUACCUGGCACGAUAGAGAUGCUGCAUCCUUGGAACAAUGAAGGGGCGCCACCUGAAGACAAGGUGGUGCUGCCGCUUCUGGCAGUGGAUCAAGGGGAUAGUCUAGCAGUGAGAAAUGGCGUCGGAGGUAUGACCAAGGAAGCCACUGUGAAAGGAAGUAGCUCUGCGUCCUUUACCAAAGGGCAGCAGGAGAUGUCUGAGAUGGAGGGAAGAUGGGAAGAACACAGAAGCCUUCUGACUGGCGCGGCUGCCCAAGUUACAGGGACAGCAGGAGCUGUCACGGGUGCUGAAAGCAUAAGGACCACACGAGCCACAGGGGCUUCCAGGGAAGUGGUGGGGGCUUCCAGAGACAUGGCCGGAGCUCGAGCUGCUGCUGGUGCGGUGAACGAGGAAUUCUUAAGAAGUUAUUUCACUGAUAAAGCAGCCUCUUACUCUGAGAGCGAUGAGACGCACACAGCCAAAGAUUGCCUUCUGGUUUACUCUCAAGAAGAAACCGAAUCCCUGCACGGUUCCCUUGGCUGCUGCAGUUUUAUUGAGGGAGAGCAGGACGACCGCUUCUUAGAUGAUUUGGGACUUAAAUUCAAGACACUAGCUGAAGUUUGCAUAGGUCAAAAAAUAGACACAGAUGUGCAAAUUGAGCAGAAGCAAAAACCUGUCACAAAAACAAGUACAAACGCAGCUUCACGUACACUCUAUGAGCAAACUAAGGUUGAUUCAGAGAAUAUUUAUGCCUCUGGCAGUAGCUUUCAAGUUCCAAAAUCUUUGCAGGAAGCAAAUGCAGAGAAAGUAACUCAGGAAAUAGUCACUGAAAGAUCGGUAUCUUCUAGGCAGGCUCAAAAGGUAGCUACACCUCUUCCUGAUCCAUUGGCUUCUAGUAAUAUUAUAGUAACAGAAACUUCCUAUGCCACGGGCUCCACUAUGCCACCAAGCACUGUGAUCCUGGGUCCCACACAGCCGCAGAGCCUUAUAGUGACAGAGAGGGUAUAUGCUCCAGCUUCUACCUUGGUAGAUCAGCAUUAUGCUAAUGAAGGCAAAGUCACGGUUACAGAAAGAAUAAUACAGCCUAAUGGGGGUGCAUCUAAUCCUCUGGAAGGCACCCCACCUCUGCAAGAUACACAAUACAUUAUGGUGAGGGAAAGAGAGAGCUUCCUAGCCCCCAGCUCAGGUGUGCAGCCCACUCUUGCCAUGCCCAAUGUAGCAGUAGGACAGAAUGUGACAGUGACAGAAAGAGUACUAGCACCUGCUUCCACUCUGCAGUCCAGUUACCAAAUUCCUGCUGAAGACUCUGUGAAAGCUAGAAAGACCCUGGUCCCUGGAGCUGGCGUCUCUGGCACUCUGCCAACUUUUGGUUUGGAGGAAUCUGGUCAUUCUAAUUCUACUGUGACUACAUCGUCCACCAGAGUCACCAAGCAUAGCACGGUACAGCGUUCUUACUCCUAAAUAGCAGCCAGCCACAAACUGACCCAGAGUUUAACUAACAGGCGCUGGUUUCAUGUUUUCAAUAUGCCUGGCCUUUCGUGAGUCUUAACAGACAUGCAGAGACACAUAAACAGUUUAAAAUUUCUCACAGUCACUGAUAUGUAAAGGGCCACGCUCUCUGCUCCUAUGAAUGUAUUUCAGAAAUGCUUCAUGAUUUACUUAGGAUGAUGCCAUUUCUUAGGUGCCUUUUAGUGAUUUAUGUAAAUAAUACUCACAAAACAAGAGAAAUAGAGAAUAAAUCUGGCUUCUGAGAACUUAUAAAUUAGCACUGUAUCCAGUUCAUCAGCCAUCCAGAGAGAACCCAGGAAACUGAUUGGGUCUCUUUGCAUACCAUAUUCACAUUUAACAUUGAUAUUCUAUACUCUGUAUUUUACUGCACCUAAGAUUGUCUACAAGUCAGCUAUCCAAAGAUGUGUGCACAAUCUGGGUUACCAAUUUUGUUGUUGGUUUUCCUUAAGACUGGAACCUUUUUAAUCUGUGUGGGGUUGACUAAAUUUGAGAACAAUGGCAUGGUAAGAACACACAUUGUAUGUUUCUGUGCACAUGACAAUGCAUGUGUGUGUAUGCACAUGUGUAUCGUAUGGUCUUAAAAGUAGCAUGAUACCUCAUCUCAACAGUCACAAAAAUUUUGAACACUUCAAUUGAAUAAUCCAGGACAAAAUUCAUAAAUAUAAAAUAAUUUUACUUUUUAUAAUAAGAUGCCAUGAAUAAAAAACUCAGGAUACAUUAUCUUCUAAAUAGCUACAAUUUAGAGCAGCUAAAUUAACCAACUAUAUUCUCUAGUCAUGGUAGGGAACCAUGUCUACUUCACUGCUCUAUAUCCUCAGUGCCUAACAUGGUGCCAAAUAAAUAUUUGUGGAAUUAAACUGAAUUGUACAAACCAUUCUCUUAUCUACAAUUGCCAAAAAUAUCAAAAGACCUUAUAUUUCUAUAAUUUUGUGUUUGAAACUAUGAUUGUAUUCUGAUAUCUCAAAGUGACUGACUGGCUUACCUAGCUAGUAAAUAUUAUGUUAUAAAAACCUCAAAUAAUUGACCUGAUUUUGCACAACAUCCUUGCCCUUGUUUUUUACAAGUUAUUUGGGUUGUGUAGGUCCUCAAUAGAUUAUAUUUUACUACUCCUAGAAACAAUGUUUCAAGAUAUUGUGUGCAUAAGUAUAUAAAUAUUUCCCACAACACAAUAGUUUUCAUAAUUUUUUAAAGACUAAUUUCUUGACUUUUAAGAUAUUUUGUUGGGGAAAUGAAACUUUCAAAUUUUACUUUUGUAGACAUUUUUUUAAAUGUUGAAAGAUUUUAUACAGUGUGCUCCCACUGUAUAUAGAUGAGGGCAAAUACUUGUAGACAUCUAAGUCUAGCUAAAAUGGAGGUCACUCUUCCACAAUCUAGAAUUUUUUACUCUCUGCUUAGUAAUAACUGUGUUUCUUUUUUUUUUCCUUUUCAUUAUAGACUUAGUCAUAUUUUGCCAAGUAUGCAACAGGACUAUCACUACUGUGUGAAAAUGUAAAUGUGACCCCUGUACUCAGAACAAACAAAACUUGGUCUUAAGCUUCCUCCUUGGGUAGGCUUGAAAACCUAACCUGUCUCUUGUAUAUAACAUAAACACAUUUUCUAAAUGGUUUUCUUUGUUCCCGAAAAAGUGAUUUGCAUCAGUUUUACAUUUGUUUUGGGGGGAGAUUAUAUUUGUAUCAUCAUAAAAUAUUUAAAUAAAAAGACUACCUUUGGAGUGA